GCUGGUUUGAGUUGAAGUCGCUAGAAGGGUUUGAGUUAUUCUAUUGGCUGGUUCAUACAGGGUACAUUGACUUGAUUUUGGAACUUUUUCUUGAUUUUUUUUCCUCCAGGAUCUUGUAUAUAAAGCAGUAAUACGUUAGCCGCUCACAUAAAUAACUAAGGUCAAACGACACCAGGAAGAAACAAGUAAACCAUUAGGCAAUAACAGAAGAAGCAUUAGGCACGCUAACUUUACUAUUUUUCUCUAUUGAUUUUCUAGUAUCCAGGCUUAACCGAUCAUGAAUCUUAUGGAUAUGCUAUCGGGUGAUACACCUGAUUCUAUAUUUCAAAAUAAUGACCCACAAGAUAUGCAGUCGGUUCUAGAGAAUGCAGCACCGUCAGGCUUAGAAGAUGGGGCCAAUGGUGGAGCACACCCAAUUCAGACUAAUGAUGGAGUAUACCAUUUGCCAACGAUCUUAACGAAAGUUCAGUGUGAACUUGCAGAAUUUGUUUUACAAGUUCUCAAUCCAGUUUUAUUAUCUGAAGCUCAUUCUAAAAGACAAAGAGCUAGUAUUAAUAGCUUGCUAGAUAAUAAUACCAAUGAUAAUUCUGGUAUGACUGAUGAUGCAUCUAAAGAAGGAGAAGGUAAUUAUCUUUCACAGUUUAAUAAGAUCAAUUUAUUAUUUGAUCAACUUCGCAUAAUUAAAAAGCAUCCCUCACUUCUAGUUGAUCAUUUUAUUCCUAAGAAAUUGUUAUUGCUGGAGAUAAAUGAACUGCUCCUUAAUUUAUCGGGUAAAUUUCAAUUAUUCAAUAGAAUUGUUGAUUCUUUCAUUGAUCGUUAUUCUGCAUCGAAAAAUGGCUUGUUGACAAAUGGGUAUCAUAUUUUAGUGGUGGCUGAAAGCGUGAAGGAACUUGAAUUGAUUGAAGGUUUAAUAAUUGGUAAAAAAUUGCAUUAUAAAAAUUUAAAUGGAUCUAAAUUAUAUGAUGAUAAUAGUAAGCUUCCAAAUUUUGAAAAAUCGAAUAAUUAUUCAUAUGAAAAGAAUCAAUCUAAUGUUACUUCUCAACAACUAUACAACAAUUACACUCCAGCAUCUAACAGUCGAAACUCUGAAUUCAAUUUAAUUAUUUCAUUUGAUCCCGAUUUAGAUACAAAAAGCCCAAGUAUCGAAAUUAUAAGAAGUAAAAAAAAUUUUUCCCAAUCGCUUAAUUCAUCUAUUGGUCAAGAAUUGAAAACUCCAGUUUUAAUUCCCUUUUCUAUUUUCACACUUGAUCAUAUUGCAUUAAAAAAUUAUCAACCUAGUAGUUUGGGAUUUUUCAAUAAUAAUGAUCCUACAAAUCCUUUGUUCAAAUGGAAACUUGAAUGUCUUAAUACCUUCGUGGUUAAUAGAUUUAAUCUUUUCGAUUCAGAUAUAACUGAAGACUUUUUCCGUCAAAAUUAUGGUAGUAACAUGCAAAACCUUUAUCAUUGGUUUCAUAAUUGGGAUUCGAGAAGCUUCCCAUUACAUGAUAUGGUUAACUCUUUUAAUGAAAAACUCAUUCUUCAUUAUAGUGAUGAUAAAUUGAUUAAUAAACUACAAAUCACUAAUGUUUAUGACCCUAACUUGCAAUCAGGUAAUAUCUCCAAGAAAAAUUUGAUUCAUCCUUCUGAUAAACUAGAAAAAUUUGGUUAUGCUGAUUAUAAGAAAAAGCUCGCUGAACUUUUAAAUGAUCGAGUUUUGCAACUCGAAAAUGCAAUCCUUGAACAAUUCGAAAAAGAUAUUCCUUCUUAUAGAGUCCGUGAAUCUCUAAGACAAUCUACCUUGGAUACAAAAGAAGAUUCCAUUGCAGAAAAAUAUAAAGUCUUACGGAAACUUAAUGAAGAUGCUACCAUAAGUGAAAAAAAAUUACUUCGUGUUGACAAUGAUUUACAAAAAUUAGAAAAUACUAACACCGAAUUGAAUGAUAAAUUUAAAUACUUAAAUUCAGCUAUCAAACAAGUACAAGAAUCGGAAGAAAAACUUCCAGAAUUUACUAUCUCUCAAGAGCAACAAUUGAAAGAAUUAGAUUUGGAAUUAACCAAACUUGAUGAUGAAUACAAUAAAAUUAACGAGGAGAAUGAAAAAAUAAGAGCUAAUUAUCAAAACAGUUCAAGCGAAGCAGUGCAGUUAUCUACAAGCCUCGUGUCUUGGAAAGAAGAGAAAACCCACUUAUCUAAGAAGCUUAACGGUCCUGGUAUUAAAUUGAUCCCCUCUUUGAUUCAAAAGGAUGAAUUGAUAAACUACGAAUUAGAAUUGACAAAAUUGACAAGAGAAAGUGAUUUCGUUAGCCAAUUUUUCACUAAAAAAUUGGAUAAAUUAAUCAAAGAUAGAACUACCAUCUUGGAUAAUACCACUAGUGGAUCUAGUAGUAGACCCGGUAAUAGGAUCAGCAGAGGCUCAACUCCUUUUUAAAUACAUUCUAUCAAUUUCAAAAUUCACCUCACCAAUAUUAUCCAGUACUCUUUGUAUUGUAUUGUUCAGAGAAGUAUUGUUUCGAGUAGUCUUGCUCCGUAGUAUUGUUCAGGGUAGUAUUGUUCAAACUGGCACCAAUUAGAUAAAUGGCUGACUUGCCUAAAUUAAUAAGAUCUCCGGAUUAUUUUAAGAACAUCCGACUAAAAACGC